AUGUUUACUUAUACAAAUCCUCGUAAGUCUCUUCAGGUUCAGUUACAUAAAAUUGAACAAUCACCAUUGACAACAAAUAGAAAACGUAAAUUAUUUUGUGUAGACAAUUUGGAUGAAAAUAUCUCUCCAUCCAAAGUGUAUGAUCCUGAACAUGCUUUUCCUGAAACAUCUUUUAAUAUGAAUCCAACUGAAUUGAGUCCUACUCUGAGUGAAAAAUUUGAAAGUCUUAUUUCAAAAUCAAAGAAUGAACAAUUACCAAUUGCCACAGUGAAAUCUUCAACUUCUCAACUAAUUGAACAUAAUACCAUAACACCGUUGAAAUCAAAAAAUGUCAAAGGAGUUGAAUAUCUUUCAAAUGAAACCUUUAGUUUAAACAGAAUUCAAAAUAACCAAGCUGACUCUGGAGUAAAAGCUUCAUGUUCUAAUGAUUAUAAAAAGAUAACACCCGAAGAUUUUGGUGAUGAACGAGUUACCCGCUCACAUUAUAAUCCAAAGGUAAAAGCAAAACCAUUUAAAGAUAGUAAGUCAACAAGUAAAAAAAGACCUAGAUCCACCAGCCGAGAACAAAAAACAAAAAUAAAUUUGUUUCCUGAUGUUACAUUACCAUCUAAGAAGAAGUCUAUAGAUAUGAAAUCAUGUAAAAAGAAAGAAAAGACUAAUUUAACUAAAAAAACAAACUCCUAA